AUGUUGGGUGGUCUUGGAGAUGCAUCAACUGUUCCACCGGAGGACCGCUCAGCGAAGGACUCCAGCAGACAUGUCCGGUCAACAAAAGCGAAAUCAAAAAAGUUCAAGAAAGUAGAUGAGUCCAAAGUGGACGGAUUUCUUGACAGAGCGCGUCAAGGGAUUCAUUGCUCUUUUUGCGGUGGUGUAAAGUGCAAACAUGAGAGCUGGGAAGCCAUGAAAGAGAAACGCGCAGAUACAGCAAUUGAAGGAUUGAAUUCAAAUUGGGUGGGAACCGAUGUUAUUGCAAGUCAAAGACCGUCAACAUCACUGUUUCUCAAGUACCUUCUUAUACAACAAUUCAAAGAAAAACAGAUUACAGGGGUUUUUAACCUGCAAGAAAAAGGAGAACAUGCUAGUUGUGGCCCUGAUGGUGUUUAUACUUCUACUGGUUACAGCUACAAUGGAGAAGAGGAUUUAAUGCGACAUAAUAUUAGUUAUUAUGAAUUUCCAUGGCCAGAUAUGACAGCACCACAACAAGAUAUUGUUUUACGUAGUGUUCAGGUAAUGGAUUUUCAUGUAAAAAAUUCUGGAAAAGUACUAGUUCAUUGUCAUGCUGGUUUAGGUCGAACAGGUCUAAUGAUUGCAUGUUAUUUAGUUUAUAGUCAACAUAUGCCAAGUGCGGAAGUUAUAAGACUUGUUCGUCAAGAAAGACCUGGCGCUAUUCAAACUUCAAGACAAGCUCAAUUUAUUCAUGAUUUUGAACGACAUUUAUGGAGACUUACACAAGCUUUUAGGGUAGAGAUAUCUGAUGCUAUAAUUGAUGUUGAGUUAUUCCUACAGCGACAACGUCUUGUUUUACAUGGCGAACAAGCUGAUUAUUACCGUUUUGUUCCCAUGGUUAUUCAUGUUAUUCUUUGUAGAUUAAUAAAUUUGACCAGGGAAAAUGCUUCAAAUGCUGAGUUGGCACUUCUGUCUAUUGCAUCUAGUGCAUCUCCUGGUGAAGCGACAUUAAGUGCAUGUAGAGUAUCUAUUAAUAGACGUCGCUUUAAUGUCAAUGCUAUGACCGAUGUAAGUAUUCUUAGUUUUCUUGUAUGUGACUGGUUUCGUUCCAUGUCGACCCCAGCACUUUCAGUUGAGGCAUGUAAUGCUAUAGUUGAGAUUAAGAGAAAAGCACCUGGUGAACGAGAAUCACUAUCAGAUGAAAUAUCUCGCAUAAUGAGUAAAAGUGUGCGACAUACUUUGGGAAUGGUUGUAUCUGCAUUUUAUGUUAUUUCACUUCCAGUUAAGAGUUCCGUAAAGUCAUACGCAUUUAGGUGUCUUGCGGAUUCAUUUACUCACGCUCACAAUCCUGUUAAAUUAAGACACAGCCCAGUGGAACGGGAACUGAUUUACGAAUUUUUUCUUGAAUGGGGUGAAUCUAUUAAAGACCUGUAUUUUAAUGUUAAUAGUGUAGACAAACAACACUCAACAAUUCGAAAGAUCGCCACCGCAUCUUCUGCAGUGCUGCAAGAGACAUCUCACAGUGACUUGGGUCAGCGAGCUCUUACAUUUUACCCAGCGGACCUCGUGGCUGAAGAUGGUGGUGCAACAUCGUAA